CCGGAAGUCCGGGGGCCCUGGAUUGGAGACACGUGGUGCAGUGUGUGUCUGUGAUUGAGAGUCUGCUGUGGGGACAAGGAGCGGUGCAGAAUGAGGCCAGGGUUUUCUCCGCGUGGCGGUGGAAGGGGCGGUUUCGGAGGCCGAGGUGGUUUCGGGGGCCGAGGUGGGAGAGGAGGAGGAGGUGGCCGUGGCGGUUUCGGAGGCCGAGGUGGGAGAGGAGGGGGAGGAGGUGACCGAGGAGGUGGUCGAGGAGGUUUCUGGUCGCCUGGAGGCAGGGGCCGAGGUGGUGGCAGGGGGAGAGGAGGGUUCCGCGGUGGAGCCAAGGUCACGGUGGAACCACACAGGCAUGAGGGGGUAUUUAUCUGUCGCGGGAAAGAAGAUGCUCUGGUGACGAAGAACAUGGUUCCAGGGGAGUCUGUGUACGGGGAGAAGAGAAUUGGGGUUGAGGAAGCAGACACCAAAAUCGAGUACAGAGCCUGGAACCCCUUCCGAUCGAAACUCGCAGCCGCCAUUCUCGGGGGCAUUGACCAGAUCCACAUCAAGCCUGGAGUGAAAGUCCUGUACCUGGGAGCGGCGUCUGGCACCACGGUCUCCCACGUCUCCGACAUUGUGGGACCUGAGGGCUUGGUCUACGCCGUUGAGUUCUCCCACCGGUCUGGCCGUGACCUCAUCAACGUGGCCAAGAAGCGCACCAACAUCAUCCCCAUUAUUGAGGACGCCAGGCACCCGCACAAGUACCGCAUGCUCCUCGGAAUGGUGGAUGUCAUCUUCGCUGAUGUGGCGCAGCCUGACCAGUGCAGGAUUGUGGCUCUCAACGCCCACCACUUUCUCAAAGUGGGCGGUCACUUUGUCAUCUCUAUUAAGGCAAACUGCAUUGACUCCACAGCUACCCCCGAGGCUGUGUUUGCAUCAGAGGUGAAGAAGAUGCAGCAGGAGAAUAUGAAACCCCAGGAACAGUUAACGUUGGAGCCAUAUGAGAGGGAUCACGCCGUUGUGGUUGGGAUAUACAGGCCGCCAGCCAAACAGAAGAAAUUAUAAGUAAAGACCAGGGCCCAGAAAUCGGCGAGAGAGAGAGAGAUGCUAAUGGACACGCUGAGUCCGGGAUUGUGUUGUACAAAACUCUUCUGACUGGAUUUCUGAGGCUGGAUAAAGCUCGACAGUUUGCUGACUUUGCUUCUCAAAUGGGGCACGUGAUUUUAUUUUUUUUUUCCUUCCCUUGCCUCAUCGUCGUCCGAAGGCUGUUUGAGUUCUCAAACUCUUACCGUUUGCAGUAUCGUUCUGACCAUGCUGGGGUGGGUGGGGUUGUAAUCUCUGGAGGGGAACGUUUGCCAGGGUGGGCCUGUUGGCUCAUGGUUAGUUUUAAGUCUCAUGUUUUUGUUUUUGUUGUGGUAGGGGAAGAGAAUGGGAUUUGGAUUCCAGAAAUGCAAACAUUUCAUUUGAGUUGGGAACCUCUUGUGUUAAUGGGAGGAGGCUGGGAAUGGGAGUAGAGGGAAGACAGUUUGGCCUUUCGAGACUGUUCUGUACGAUCGCUGACGAUCUCCUAUCCCUCUUCAUGCCCUAUGCCCGAAUGUCCAAAAUCCAAUAGAUCUUUGAGUCUGGAAUGUACUUGAUGGGGGGGGGUGAUGGGGGUGGAAGAGAGACCUGCAGCCACUUGACAACAGUUGUGUCAAACCCUCCUGAAGUUUCUCCUCUCACCCCUUGCUGUGCCGAACCGCAGAGGGUAGCGUAACCUUUGCGUGUUUUGUUCUUGUCCUGAAGACCAGGAAUUGGACACAGACAUGCUGAUAGGUUGCGAGGCCGGGUGCUAGAAGAGAAACCAUUUAUAAGCACACUAUUCCAUUUAGUUGCCACGGCGAAGCCCCACGUCCUGUGCUGUUCUUUAUCACAUUGUUUGAAAUGUUUUGCGGGUGAUGCCUGACUGAAGUGUAUUUCCCGUGUUUAGCUGUGGAGACAAUUUUGUGUACUUCAAUUGUUGAUGAAUUUUCAAUGCGUUAUUAAAAAAAGGACAAAUUUA